AUUUUGUCGAAAUGACAUGUGUGCAAGGAUUAAGGCAGAGGUUGUGGGUCUUGCGCUAUGAAGUUAUGGACACACCUGUUUCGAACUUCUUCUUUAUUGAUCCCCAGAUAACCAGAUUCCUACUUUCCGUGCAACUUCAUUUUCAUUUUGCCUAAUUGAUAACCAAAUUCAUAGCUUUUUCAGAUUCUUUUUCUGGGAUUGAUUUGCCAUACUUUUCCUGCUUUGGGAAAUCUUUGUACCCAUUCAAGAACCUAUUUCAAGCAUCUUCUUGCAGAACCCAUUAUUGCGAUCUACUUCGAUCUUGACCAAGACUACAAUAAAUAAAAGUCAUAAUACUCGUAAUAAAUAAACCCAUUCGAUCAAGAACCUAUUUUUAAGCAUUUUCUUGCAGAAUCCAUUAUUGAUAUGGUUUUGGUCAAAGGUUUGAUUUUUCUUUAUACAGAGUCGUCUUGAUUCCCAUGGCUCCGGCGUAUUUGCCUCUGAGAUGGGAAAGCACCGGAGAACAAUGGUGGUUUGCUUCACCUAUUGACUGUGCUGCCGCAAAUGGACACUAUGAUCUGGUCAAGAAUCUCCUUGAAAUGGACCCUAAUCUCCUUAUCAAGCUCGCCUCUCUCCAGAGGAUUCGCCGCCUUGAGACUCUCUGGGACGACGACGAACACUUCCACGGCGUCUCCACCUGCCGCUCUCGGGUCGCCGAAGCUCUCCUCCGUGAAUCUGAAACCAGGGAAGGCCAGAACUCCCUGAUCAGAGCCGGGUACGGUGGCUGGCUUCUCUACUCCGCCGCCUCUGCCGGGGAUUUGGAGUUUGUUAAGGAAUUGCUUGAGAGAGAGCCGUUGUUGGUGUUUGGAGAAGGCGAGUAUGGCGUAACCGACAUGUUUUAUGCAGCAGCCAAGAGCAAGAACAGUGAGGUUCUAAGGCUACUGCUGGAUUAUUGCUCUCGGGAUCAGUUUUCUCCUUCUCUUAAGAAGGAGAUGUUAAACAUGGCGGUUCAUGCUGCUGCAAGAGGAGGGAAUGUGGAGAUGUUGAGAGAGAUUCUUGGAAAUUUCUCAGAUGUUUUGGCUUGCAGAGAUGAUCAGGGCUCUACUUUGUUGCAUUCAGCUGCAGGAAGAGGUCAAGUUGAGGUGGUUAAGACCUUAUUAAUGUCUACAGAAGACAUUAGCAGCUCCCAGGAUAAGCAAGGGAACACGGCACUACAUGUGGCUGCUUACAGAGGAUACUUGGCUGUUGUUGAAAUCCUUGUAGUGCCAUCAUCUGCUUCACUGACAAACAAUUACGGAGACACAUUUCUCCACAUGGCUGUGGCUGGAUUCACUGUCCCUGGUUUCCGUAGACUGGACCGUCAAAUGGAGCUAAUGAAGCAGUUAGUGAGCGGGAAAUUGGUCGACAUAGAAUCCAUCAUCAACAUAAGAAACAAUGAUGGUCAAACAGCUCUCCACAUGGCAGUUAUGGAUAAAAACGUACAAAUCGACCUGGUAGAUCUUCUUAUGACUGCACGCUCGAUCGAUUUGAAUAUUUGUGACAAUGAAGGGAAUACUCCAUUGGAUUUACUCAAACAGCAGCCGAAGUCAGCAUCUACUGAGAUUCUUAUAAAAAGAUUCGUUUCUACCCGAGCCGUUUCUGUGUUUGCAGAUGAUGUUAGCAGGAGUAAAGCCAUAGUUUAUAACAUUAGACCGUUGUGUAUUAAUGGAGGAAGCCCAGGGACAUCUUUUAAAAUAAUUGACUCUCACAGUAGUGGACUUGAAAGCUCAGGUGUAUUGAGUCCUUGCCGUUCUGCUGCUGGCUCAGGUGUAAGGAAACUGCCUUAUCUAAACAGUGCUGCCAGACGCCUCAAGGUUCUCUUUCAGCGGGCGUGGAAAAAAGAGGGCAUCGAUAAAAGUAUGGAACAAAAUAAGGACUGUUCGGAACCUCUUAUUCCACUACGACAGAGAUUUUCAACAACUCCUACACCUGGAAGCAUCAUAGGAACGCCACUUUCCUCGUUCGGGUCACCUUCAAGUCCACUUUCUGGAUCAUAUUGGCCAUCUCCAAUGUCCACAAGUCUAGGUAACACGAGUUUGAAGGUUUUCCUGCAUAAUGCAGAAAAGUCAAAAAUGAAACGCAAACAUAGUUCAUUCAAUAUGAGGUCGGUCAAUAAGUAUUUAUGCUUCUCGACUCAAUGCCUAGCAGUGAAGAGCACCGCAGGCAGCUCUAGACCACAGCAGGAUGAAGUUUACAAGCAUGCUGUCUCGGCGUGAUGACUUCAUAGGAUUCAAAAGAUAUUUUCAAAGGAUUCUUUUGCAAGUUUAAUCCUUCCAUGUUGUGACAGUGUUGAGUUUUUUUUUUAAAAUGCCUUUGGAAGAUGUAUAUGCAUUUGAUUUAUUCAAACCAAAUGCAGUAUUUGAAAAAAGCUAUGUACAUGCAUAGUGCAGAAAAUCUGAGGGGUGACGUUUCGCUUUUUAGGAAAUGUUCCGUAUAUCCUCAACUCCUCAAGAAACUCUAAACGGAGUAUUAGUUUAGUUUAUUAUUACAAUUGAUUUUCAUUUAACAAUUUCAUUUCCAUGUGUUGCAACAUAAUUGUCAUAGUGUGCUAUUUUAGGAUUUUCC